AUGUUUAAUGAUGAUUGCUUAGUUGAAGUCUUCGAAAAAAUUGCCGAAGAAUUUGACAAUGCAAAUACAUUGUUUAAUAUUGCACUUGUGGAUAGGAAGUGGAAUAAUCUGGCAAUUCGAUACCUUUAUAAAGAUCCAUGGAGAUAUUGCUUUAACCGUCGUGGUUCAUUAUUAGCAAAGAAAUUAAUAAAUAUUUUCUUGUUAUGCCUUAAAAGUUCAUUGCUUGCUAAUUUAAAUAGUAAUAGAGGGAACAGAGAUGAACCAUUAUUAAAAAGGAUUUACACCAGAGAAAACAUACAGGAUAUAUAUAUUCCAAGUCGUGAUUACAUUUCGAUGGCAGAAAACCUUCAUAUUCCUGUUUUGUAUCAUUGUAUUGAAUCAUGGUACGCAUCAACAAAUGAGAUAACAGACGAUAUGAGAUUGGCGAUUAACUGUACAUUUUUUCAGCUUCUUAAAAGGUUUAUCGAAAAAGCAAAUAUUAAAGAAUGUACAUUUCAUGAAUCUAAAAUAACUACCGAGUAUCCAAUAACAUUGCAACAUUUGGAUGAACUUGUAAGAACCCUUUUUAAACGGAGUCUUCGUUUGCGCUAUCUGAAUUUGGGUUUUUUCAACUGUAAUGACGAAGGUUUGGCAAUCCUUACUGAUAAAUGUACGGCACUGGAAACUUUCAAAAUUAAAGCCUCUAAUUGUUCGGAUGAAGCAUUGGCAAAUUUUUUAAGGAAACAACGAAGAUUAACAAAACUUAAAAUACGUGAUGCGGCUGAAAUGAGAGAAACCAUGGAUGCGAUAAGAUCGCAAUCAAAAUCCAUUGUAAAGCUCCGAAUUCUCAAUUGUAAUCUUGGGGAUUGCAUGACAUCUUUUACUGGCAUUGGUGAAUGUGCUCUCCGUUCACUCUAUAUGCGUAAUAUACAUUUUACAAAGAACACAUCAUUUUCACAACUUUUAAUGCCGAUCGCACAAAACUGUAAGUUUCACAACAUAGAUUUUUCGAAAACUCCAUUGCCUGUUGAAGUGCUUAUUGAAAUUGCAAAAAAAUCAUCGACAACUUUACGACGUGUACAUCUUAUACGACCGGAGAAUGAAAUUGAGUAUAUCAAUCUCUCUGCUGGAAUAGAAGCAUUGGCCCGACAUGCCACGAAUCUUCGCCAUUUUGAACGAAAUAUUCAUCCAUUGGAAAUUAAUUCUAUAUGCUACUUAUUAGAUUCGAUCGGACAAUCUUUGGAAAGAUUAGAAAUAGAUUCCAACAUGGAUGGACUUGACAUGUCUAACUUGAUUGAAAGCAUUGGUAGAAAGUGUCGGAAUUUAUGUGAAUUAAAUAUUAAUAAUUUUGAAUUUAACCUUGAUGCCUUUAAAGUAUUAGUAAAAGGAUGUCCUUUAUUGCAUACUUUGCUUAUUUGUGAAUCACAGUCAGUAAAUGACAGAAUAUUUGAGGUACUUCGCGAUUCUAAUUUACAAUCAUUAGAGAUUGUAGGAUGCUCUAAUGUAACCGAUGAAGCAAUUCAUCGAUUUCAAAGGGAAAGGGAAAUUGAUAUAGAGUACGG